UAAUAAAAUGAAAUCCCAAAAGGCCCUACAUGCUCUUCUUCUUGUCUUCGCUAGUAUCACUUUCUUUGCCUGACGCGAAUCAAGUGGAGAUCUCACCAAGAGAACAAGCAGCACUUGGUCAGGAAACUAUUAAGAGUUUCUGAAGCAGUUGACAACUUGUAUGACCCACCACCUGUUUGAUGUUUUUCCCAAGUGACGUUACAAGGUUGGAAGACAUUGGCAUUCUCCUCACCCUUUUACACCCCUUAAGCUGUGGGUGUUCUAAUUAGAAUUGGAACCUGCAAUUCCGGUUGAUGAAAGUUGGAUUUUGAACCCUAAAACCCUCUCCUGAAAAAAGCCUCAAUGCAGACCCUGAAAUCAUCUUCCAUUUUCUCGUCUUUUCGUUUGUUAAAACCCAACUCGUUUAUUGUUAUUCAAUAUUUUUCUGCUUCUUCUUCUGUUACCGCAGCUCCGAAUCCUCCCCUUUUCAAUUACCUUGUAAAAGACUUGAAUUUCGAUGAAAUCCAAGCUUUUUCAAUCUCUAAUCGUUUCCGUAAGGUGAAAUCCUUGGAAAAAACCCAGUCAGCCGUCAACUUUCUCCAAAGUCUUGGCUUUUCUAAUGCUCAAAUUGCCUCUUCUGCCCGUCUGGCGCCCCAGAUUCUCUUUGCCGAUGUUGAAAAUGUACUUAGGCCAAAAAUAAAGUUUUUUCAGGACUUGGGUCUUAUGGAACCCCAUAUACCUAAGUUCUUCUCCAUGAAUUCUACGCUUUUAACUUGUAGUUUAGACAAAAAGUUGAUUCCUUCAGUCCAAUUAGUCAAGAAAGUUUUAGGGAAUAACAACGAAGACUUGUUCAAGGUUUUCAGCAGAUGUAAUGGUUUUAUUGCUAGAGAUUCCAUAUUAAAGUUGUCGAGAAAUAUCGAGUAUUUGGAAAGCUGCGGGAUUGUUGGAUCCCAGCUCUCCAUGUUGUUAAGGAGACAACCUAGGAUUUUUAGGAUGCGAGAAUCUACAUUAAGGAACCUGGUUUCGAGGGCUUUAGAUAUGGGGUUUUCAACCGAUUCGAGGAUGUUGGUACAUGCUAUUCAUACCAUGAAUUGCUUGAGUGAAAAAACAUUCAAGAAGAAAUGGGAAUUGCUCAAGAGUUGUGGGUUUUCAGAAAAUGAUUGUGCGACUAUGUUUAGGAAGGCCCCAGGUCUUUUUAGGGUGUCCGAGGAGAAACUGAAGUUGGGGAUUGAGUUCUUCAUCAAUGCAGCGAAGUUUAAUAGGGAUAUAGUGGCUUCUAAUCCAUUUCUGUUGAUGUAUAGUUUGGAAGAUCGUGUGAUUCCUCGAUAUCGAGUUAUGCAGAUUAUAAAGUCAAAGAUGUUGUUGAAGAAGGAUAGGAGUUUUCUUUACAUUUUGGAUCAAACCGAGAUUGAAUUCUUGAAGUUCAUUUCAAGGUUUACAGAUGAUGUGGAGGAGCUAUUGAUAGCUUACAAGGCUCAUCUUUUUCCCACUUCUUCUGAAGAAGAAGCCACAUGAUGAAACCCAUUUCUAAUUUGCUUUUCUUUCUGUUCCUUUUUUGCUUAUUAAAGUGAUUUUGAAUUAAGACUAGUUUGGGUUUGGAUUUUUCAUCAAAAAGAAUUAGCUGAUUUGGUUUAA